AUGCAGCUGCCGUUGAACUCUUUCACCUUAACAGCACUAAAGUUCGCAAUUACAACAACAUUUAAAUUCACGGCUGCUAAACGCCUAAAUAGUAAUCAUAUUUUACAUUUUUUUACAGUUGCAGUCAAUGAAAUUGAGGUCCUGUAUGAUCUAUUCAAGAAACUAAGCAGUAGUACCAUACUUAAUGGUGGUCUUAUUUACAAUGUAUUUUCAUCGAAGAAUUUUUAUGCAAUCUGGCACCAGAACUUAUUGCAGGAAUUUGAUCUGUUUGAUGUUAAGUGUAAUGGGGUUAUUGAGUUUGAAGAAUUUGUUCGGUCUUUAAACAUCUUCCACCCAAAUGCACCUGAAGCAGUCAAAAUUUCAUGUACGGCAAAUUUUCAUGAAACCCCAUUGUUCUGUUCUAUUCUUGAUGUUUGUUUUAGGAACCUGGAAAUGGGAAAAGAUUUUCUUGCAGUUGCAAUUAGAUUGUAUGAUCUGAGGCAGAUCGGAUACAUUGAGGAAGAAGAGUUGAAGGUGAUGGUAUUGGCUCUUCCGACCGAAUCUGUUGAUAUUAUGGAAGCGAAUGUCAAUAAGAUUGAUCAAGAGGAGUGGAAGGAAUUUGUAGCUAAGAAUCCAUCCCUGAUAAAGAACAUGACUCUUCCAUUUUUAAAGUGCGCUGUUCCGUUCUGUUCAUAUCAUUGUACAUUUGAAUUCCAUUAGUCUAUCUCAGUAAUUAUUAUAUACACGUAAUGGGUCACUAACCAUAUGUUGAUACAAGAAAUUCUAUGAAGAAGUUUGUUGUUGACAAUGUUAAACGUUAGUGUCUUAUUUUUGGUUGACUAUGUAGAAUGCAUUGGAUUAAAUUGGACCAAAUGGGGAAAGCAAAAGCUAUAGGUGGACUGGGAUUCAGAGAUUUUGAGAACUUCAACUUAGCAAUGCUAGCAAAGCAAGGCUGGAGCAUAUUACAGUUCCCAGAUUCGCUUGCUGCCAAAAUCUCAAAUUAAAGUACUUCCUAAAACUGAGUUUUUUCAAGCAAAGUUGUGCAGCAGCCCCUCCUUUGUAUGGAGGAGUAUUUUAUCAGCUUGACCUUUGCUUGAGGAAGGUUUACUAUGGAGGAUUGGCAAUGGCAAAUCAGUGAAAAUCUGGUUAGACAAAUGGUUGCCCCAACGAACCACAAAGUGCUUUGAAAAUCCUGGAUGUAGAAGCUUAGGUUGCUGAACUUAUAGAUACUGAUACAGUGGCUUGGAACCUGAACUUAGUUAAAGAAGUGUUUUCAAAAGAAGAAGCAGAUAUCAUAUGCCAAAUUCCUAUAAGUCAUAGUAAUAGGCCAGACCAAAUUAUGUGGAGGUGCACUGCCAAUGGAUUUUUUACUGUAAGAAGCACAUAUCAUCUUCAAGGUGAAGUACAAAGAAGAUCACAAGGCCAAUGUUCACAAAGCACUUCAGACAGGGGCACCUGGACCAAGAUCUGGAAAUUGGCACUCCCACUUGCAGCCAAAAUAUUUUUGUGGAGAGCCUGUCUUAAUGUCUUGCCUACAAAAAUGAACUUGUUAAAAAUGAAAAUUGUGGACAACCCCCAAUGCCCUCUCUGCUUACAGGAAAAUCAAACCACUGAACAUAUAUUAUGGGAAUGCACAGCUGCUAUUGAUGUCUGGGGUGAGUGCUCAAAGAAAAUCCAAAAGAGCAGGAUCUCUCACAAGAGCCUUAAGGAACUCAUGGUCGAAAUGUUUCUAAAGCUAAACAAGGAGGAGAUGGAAGAACUUGAAGUCGUACUAUGGAAACUGUGGAGGAGAAGAAAUGAGUUUGUAUUUAAAGAUACUCUCACUCCCCCAAACUUUUUGUUGCAGAGUGCAUAUCGGUCGCUGCAAGAGCUUAGAGAAUCUAAGCAUGGGGAAACCAAUCAGCCAGCACCUACUAACAAUCGAGUGGAAGAAUGGGAAGCUCCUUCAAGAGACUUUUUCAAGAUCAAUUGAGAUGCUGCUGUGGAUAGGGUACACUGCAAGGUAGGUAUUGGGAUUGUUGUUCGAGAUUGGGAGGGCAAGGUGUUGGCCACAAUAAGGAAGAAGCAAGACUCAGUCCCAGACCCCCUAGUAGCAGAAACUUAUGCUGCUCCCUGAGCAGCAACUUUUGGUAGUGAACUGGGCUUGCGAAGAAUAAUAUUAGAGGAAGAUGCAAGCAAAGUUGUGAAGGCUGUCCAAAGUAUGUGGAGGAUUUGAAUUGUUUUGGAAUGCUAGUAUCAGACAUCAGACUCCAGCUGCAAAAUUUUGAACACUGGUCAAUCAGACACAUCCAUAGAGGAGCCAAUAUAGUUGCUCACACUAUAGGCAAGAAUGCAUUAGGCAUUACAGAUUUUAUUGACGACAUGGAGGAAACUCCUGAGUGUAUUCAAUCUCUGUUACAGAGUUUUUAAUCAAUGAAAUUUGCAUUAUUUUCAAAAAAACAAA